AUGGAAGGCGUCCAACAAUACCAACAACCCUCCGGAGGAGCCACCUCUUCCGAUGACGCCCUCUACCCGAUCCACUUGCUCAUGGACGAGCUCAAGUCCGACGACGUCCACCUUCGUCUCGCCUCCAUCCGUCGUCUAUCUACCAUCGCCCUGGCCCUGGGUCCUCAGAGGACGAGGGAAGAGUUGAUCCCGUUCUUGCAGGACCAGCUGGAUGAUGAGGAUGAAGUCCUCCUCGUCCUAGCCGAGGAACUUGGGGGGUUCGCAGAGUAUGUAGGAGGAAAGGAAUGGGCGUUCUUGAUCUUGGGACCUUUGGAGAACUUGGCUGCUGUCGAAGAGACCCUGGUUAGGGAGAAGGCGAGUCAAAGAGCCGAUGCCAUGUCAGGCAUCACCCCCCUCCUCUCCCUCCCUCAUCUGCAAGCCCACUUCCUCCCCCUUCUCCGACGCCUCGCCCGAGGAGACUGGUUCACCUCCCGGACUUCUGCCUGCGCCUUGUUCGCUACGGCCUAUCCUCUGGUGGAUGAAGCGAACCAGGAAGAGAUGAGGGGGUUGUUCAAGGAUUUGGCUACGGAUGAUACGCCCAUGGUCAGGAGGGCUGCUGCCAAGGCACUCGGACCCUACGCCAAAGCAUUCCCCGCCCACUCUCCCCUGCUCAAAUCCGAGAUCAUCCCGCUCUACCAACGUCUCUCCACCGACGAUCAGGACAGCGUGAGGUUAUUGACUAUCCCCGACCUGAUCGCCAUCUGCAGUCAACUCAAGGACGAGGAGAUCAAGGCCGACUUGGGGAAGCAUCUGCAGGACAGUUGGACGGAUAAGAGUUGGAGGGUUAGGUAUAUGCUCGCAGACCAUUUCGUCGAGCUCGCCGAUGCCGUCGGACAAGACAUCGUUAGGGAAGAACUCGUCAAGGCUUAUACCGAGUUGUUGACCGACAACGAGGCUGAAGUCAGGACCGCCGCUUCGGGUCAAUUGCCAGGCUUCGCUCAGCUUAUUGACCGGGAUGUUAUCCUCGCCAGGAUCCUCCCUUGCAUCCGAACCUUGACGACCGACGGCUCUCAACACGUCCGAGCCGCUCUCGCCAAGCAGAUCAGCGGGUUGGCGCCUCUACUCGGCAAACAGGCUACGAAGGAGCAUCUCUUGCCCCUCUUCCUUACGCUGUUGAAGGACGAGUUUUCAGAGGUCAGGCUGCACUUGAUCGGAAAGCUCGAGAUGGUCAACGAUGUCAUCGGAAUCGAGGAACUGUCAGCUGCCCUGUUGCCCGCCAUCAUGCAGCUCGCCGAGGACAAGCAAUGGCGUGUCCGUCAAGCCAUCAUCGAAUACAUUCCCCUCCUCGCGCCUCAGCUCGGCGUGCAAUUUUUCGACGAAAAGCUCGGAAGUCUCUGCAUGACGUGGUUGGGAGACACCGUCUUUAGCAUCCGAGAGUCGGCUACGAUCAACUUGAAAAAGUUGACCGACGUCUUCGGUGUGGACUGGGCCAAGGGAACCAUUCUGCCCCAGAUCGUCGAGAUGGGCAAGCACCCGAACUAUCUUUACAGGAUGACCACCGUGUUCUCCAUUACUACCAUCGCCCCGUCGCUCAACACCGAGACGAUCACCGAACAACAGAUCCUCGCCACCGCCCUACGAUUAUGCAACGACGAGAUCCCCAACAUUCGAUUCAACGUGGCCAAGGCGCUCGAGGUCUUGGCAUCGGUGCUGCAAAACGAUGCCGCUGGGCAAGAGGUCGUUCAGCAAGAGAUCAUCCCGGCUCUGCAACGGCUGCAAGAGGAUUCGGAUGCCGACGUUCGAUACUUUGCCACCCGAGCUAUGGAGCGAACGGAAGGCGGCGGUGACGCCAUGAUUGGUGAGAAUUUCCGCAGCACUCUUUCCGCAGCGUUUCAUUCGCUUACAGAGCAUAACUCCUCCCAUAGUCUCAUGAACGGGCGCGUAUCGACACGUUUCUGCCCGUCUCCCUAUUUACGCCAUCAAGUCUCGAUAGAAGCUCCAACAUCAACAUCCUGA